AUGGACCAGUUCCCCGACGGGUACCCGGUGCGGCUGCGGAGCGCCGUGCACGGCACCUACCUCCGCGCCGACAAGGACGGGGAUGGCGUCUCCCUCGGCCACCGUCGGGCGUCCAUGAAGGUGGCGUGGUUCGUGCACCGCUACUACGGGGACUACCAGCACGUGCUCCUCCACAGCGCCGCCUACGGCCGCUACCUCUACGCCACCGACGCCCCGGCGCCGCUCGGCUGCCUCGGCUUCCGCGUCGCGCAGCGGAGCUACGACGGGCUCGAGGAUGAGGCCAUCAGGUGGCAGCCCGUCAGGGUCGGGUCCCGGGGCGAGAUCCUGCUCCGCCGCCACGUCGCCCAGGGCGGCCCGGACAGCUACGGCUACCUCCGCGGCAACGGGAAGUACCUCAUCUGGAACGACAGCGUCGUCAGCGUCCACGACGUCGACAAACUCAGCACCAUGAUGCGCUGGGUGGUGGAGCCCGUCCCCAUCACCGACCGCAUCCCCCGCCUUCCACGUCCGACUAGGCUCCACCUCUCCGUCCUUCAGCACUCGCGGGUGGUGAUGUUCACGGGGAACGGCGAAGGGUUGUACGCCAACGACAUCUCGUUCACUUUCAGGGGAAGGUCCGUGCACCGCCUGAGGAACGAGCUGGUCAGCCGGCUGGGCAUCCCAGGGAACGUCUCCAACGACCUCGUCAUGUACGUCCGAGCGGGCACAUACGGGCGCAAUACCCCACUCGGCGUCAACCUAUCCCGCAGCAGAGAGACCCUCGUAAUCACGCCGGAGCCAGCAAACGGCGGGCUGCGAUACCCGGAUUUCGAUGCAGAGUAG